GUUGGAGGUGUGUGCGCUAGAGGAAAUGAGAAAAUCAUGAGAGCAGCUCAUCCUGCAGAGAUGACAGGUUUCACAACCGGGAGGAACCACAUUCAAAAACUCUGAGAAAGUUUAUUUUCUUCACCUUAAGAGGAGUCCAGCACCGCCAGAAGGCGCCCCAGGCUGCACGGCGAGCCCCGCCAGGCCCGGCAAUCCCGACCCACCUAUCCCAGGCCGGUGAGGGAGCGCGGGUGAUGUGGGACCCCCUCCCGCCCCUGGUGUUGAGUCAGCGUGUCAUCACCAAUCCUCGCCCCCUCUCUCUCUCUCUCUCUCUCUCUCUCAGCUUCACUUCCUCACUUCCUCCGCGGCGGCUGCUGCGCGGCCAGCCAGGUGUCUGUGCAGCUCCAGCCUUCACCCAGACACCGGACUUAUACACUUUCACCACUGAUUUUAACUCGGGGGAACACUUGUGGUGAGACUAGAGCGAGAGUAAGGACGACGACUCAGAAAUGGCGGUCUGUUGAUGACUGUUGCAGGGUAGUGUUAGCCAUCUGUCAAGGCUAACAUGGAACGAGAGGGCUCGUUUAGGAGGAUUUCAAGGAGCCUCCACAACAAGCUCCGGUUGGGCACCGGUCCGUCCUCGAGCCUGACCGACCUCUCGCAGGCCAAAUCUCUGUCCGGAGGAGGGGAGAAGUGUGGUUCAGCCGGGGGGCUGGCAGAGGAGUGCAGCCGGGAUAAAGGGACCCAGCAGAGGAGGGCCGGUGCCAACGCCACCUGGAACAGCAUCCACAAUGCAGUGAUCUCGGUUUUCCAGAGGAAGGACCUGGGAGAAAAUGAACUCUACACUCUGAAUGAGGGUGUCAGGCAGCUGCUGAAGACUGAGCUGGGCUCCUUCUUCACCGAGUACCUUCAGAACCAGCUGCUGACUAAAGGCAUGGUCAUACUGAGAGACAAGAUUCGCUACUAUGAAGGUCAAAAGUUGUUGGACUCUCUAGCUGACACAUGGGACUUCUUCUUCUGCGAUGUCCUCUCCAUGCUGCAGGCAAUCUUCUGUCCCGUCCAAGGAAAGGAGCCGUCCGUGCGUCAGCUGGCGCUCCUCCACUUUAGAAACAUCAUCACCCUCAACCUGAAGCUGGACGAAGCGCUGGCUCGACCCCGGGCCAGAGUUCCUCCCUCCAUCAUACAAAUGCUGCUGAUACUACAGGGUGUCCAUGAGUCUAAAGGUGUGACAGACGACUACCUUCGGUUGGAGUCUCUCAUCCAGAAAGUGGUCUCUCCCUACCUCGGGACGCAUGGCUUAUAUUCCAGAGACGAAUCCUCCAGCCAGCACUGCUCUUCCUGCCUGUUAGAAAAGCGGCUGCAGCGCUCCUUGGCCCCCAAACCAGGCAACUCUCCCACUGUCAAGAAUCCCGUUGUCCGUUCCAAGAGCUACAACGUUCCCAUGCUGACCCCUCUGGUAGAGUACGACAUAGACCCGUCCCUUGGAGGCAUCACGGGCAUCAGACGGCACUCCGUCUGCGAGAUAUCUUCAUGCCUGGAGGAGAGCAGCCCGAUGGCUAAAUCUGCCUCCAGGGUCAGCAGUAACAGCAUCACAUCCAGCCUCCACACACACUCCCCAGCUUCCACGGCUUCUCCUGCACUCUCAGACACUUUACCCUCCGAUAAAGACCUUCUGCCUAGAGAUUCCCACAGUCCCGCAACGCCCCGCUCUCUCCGGCCACCACACCACUCCCCCUGCAUCCUCCCUGAGCCUUCCUUGGACGAGGAUGCUCACUGCACCGGCUCACUUGAGUGCGACUCCCCUUCCUCCUCCAAAAUGUUAGCACAAGACACGAGCUCUGGUCCCAGCCCCGCAUCCAGCCUAGAGAUGAGGGACCACACCACCGCGUCUUUCGACUCGGAGCAGGAGGCCGACGGCAUCUUUCUGAACUUCUCACGGCGCUGCUCUGGAGACUCGACACAAAGCAGAGACAGCAUAAGGCAGAGCGUCGCCUGACGCUCACAGAGACACACCACGUUCGUUUAAACACUGCUGACUCAUGACGGACAAUUCUCACACCAUCUUAACACCUCCUGCGCUUUUCUAGAUACCUUACAUCAUCAGGGAUGUCUUAAUCUGAAUAUUAUUUCUAUCAAUAAGAAGUCAUGACAGAUGAGCUUUUUUAGACUCAGAUGGGAUUUUACACUUGUUUCUUAUAAGUAAAAAAAAAAAAAUGGGUAAAACACAGAACUGGUGAUUAUUAAAAUGAAUGUUCAGAUGGGAAUAUCAUGUCACGGUAAUGGUGAGGACCCAAAUGCAGCACAGGCAGACGGGAUAUCAGUCGGUAAUGACCUUUAUUAUUCACUGCAGUCUUUAACAGUUUAUACAGUGAGAUCAGAGGAGGAUGAUCCUGGUGUUGCUGACUGAAGGCAAAGCCAACAACAGCUGGAUUACCUAGCUGGCGAAACUCGCGGCCGAAGACAGAGCGCUGAGAUCAUAUCCAGGGCAGAGACGAGGCAUGCAGGUCGGGGACAGGUGAUUAGUCCGGGGAAAACCGCUGGAAAGUCAGGCAUGACACAAGAACAAGCUGGCACUGAAGCAGAGCAGGCGCAGGCUUACAUGCAGCCAGGGCUGUGACGGGGGGAGAGUUGGCCUGAUGACGAGCCGUGGCCAACAGGUAGAGGGGAGCAGAGACAGGUGAGUGCAGUGAUACCAGCAGACAAGAGAUGAGCAGACUGUGACAUAUAAUCAUUAUUAAAAUUAAUGUUCAGAUGGGAAUAUAAUCAUCAUUAAAAUGUUAAAUUUAAUUUAGCAUCUAAAUUAAUUUAAGUUAAAACUCUAGUAUUGUUCUUUGUUUUUAUGAGACUGGAACUCCUGCAAGAAUAGCACACGUGUUGAUGUUUUUAUGGAGAAAUUCUGUUGAGAAAUCUCUUUGAAAUCCAUGUUGGUUGUUUGGUUCAUCUACAUGCAAUCUGGUUUUACUUUAGAAAUGCUUUUAUCAGCAGUUGUUUUCUGCUGCUUUAAUAUUUCAUCAAAUCCAUGUUUGCCUUGUAUCAACGUAAAAGCAGAUUCCUUUAAAUUUUAAAAGGCUUAUUUUGUAUUUUUUUUUUCCUUCCACAUGAGGUUGUGCUCCUUGUGCACCAAUCUUGUACAGUGUCAUUCAUUGUCCUCCAUUUAUUUCCACAAUCCCAGAAUGUUGCUGCAUUGUGGACUCAGUCUAUGUCAACAUAGAUCUAAUUCUGUGCAGCGUUUGCCUGAGUUGCUAUACGAUUUAUGGGAUUUAAAGUUUUAUAUGACGAGAACGUACUCCUAUAGCCUCAUUCUGAUCUCCAUCACAUUUUUUCCACACAUCUAAAUUUUCAGUCAGAUUUUAACCUGCAGCAGAAGUUGCAGCUUUCUUUUGCUGUGUAUUUUAUUUUGAAAACUAAUUGUUUUUUCUAAAAAUGUAAAUUCAUGUAGUUGAGCUAAUAAGUACCAAAGGCAGCGUUUAUGUGACUAUUAUGACAGGAAUAACACGAUAAAGGGGUCAGAUGGUGGCAAUAUUAUCACAUGCAGACAUUGUCCUGCUGCUGUGGACAAUUUCAGUUUAAUCAAAGACAAACAUGUUUUGUGGGCUUACCUGAUCAAGUCUUUCUUUGCCUUGGUUUUCCACUCAGAUUAGAACAACUUCCAUGUAGAAAUACUUAACUGUCUUAACUGUCAAAUGACCAUCAAUGGGAUUUUCUUUCCACAUAUGGGACAAAAUCUCGCACUACUUUUUAGUACUCUCACAAACCUGUGAUUGUGUGUCUAAACAAUGACUUGAAUAUGGUUACAGAAUUCAAAUGCCUUUUUUCAUUUUGGAAAAUAGACAGAGCUUUUUAAUGUCUUUACAAUGCACAUAAUGAAUAGGCUCGGCUAAACUUAUCCAUCAGUAUUCAGGAGACCAGGUAAGCGUUUUAUCUUGUGAACCUUAAACUGUAACCAGAUACUUGACUCAAGGAUCAUGCUUUAAAACCAGGCAGGCUUUUUAAGUGGACGUUAUAUGUUGUUUUUGCUCUUUCUUGUUAAUUAAUUAACUUUGUUUUUUUAAUAGUUUGCUUUUUUUAGAACUGUUAAACACUGCCACCUAGUGGCGGUGUGAGUGAUGUGCAGCGAUUCAGCUAAUGAAGGUUCUAGUGUGCAGCAGUUAAGAUGUAGAGACCAAUAAACUUGAGAAUACAUCUUUAAACCUUGGGGGGAAGAAAGUGAAGGAAAGGAUAGCAAUUAGACUGCAGUCUAUAAAUUACAGGCAGUCUGAGGAGGAAACAGGCUGCAGAGGGAGGGGAAGACUUCAAAACCUAAAAUUACAGCUGUUUUUCCUCUAAAAGUCCCGGUGGUGUUACAGGGGAUCUUUUUUUCUGCUAUCAGAUAUGUAUCAUUGGAGCAGGCGUGUGUACUUUUACUCUUUUUCUAAUACUGCUUGAAUUUACAGCUCUGAUGGACGUACAAAAAGUAACGUCUCAUUUUUUUCAGUCUCCACACAAACGUAGAUUUUUAUUCUUUCUUAAACAGGAAACCAAAACACUUAAAUUCCAGGGUAUAUUUAAUGAAAAUUAACUAAUAAUGAAGUGUAAACCACAGCUGGCAGCCAUACACAGGUUACAGCAGUAAAUGAGCUCAACAUUGUGCUGCUUAUACAUUUGCACAUUCGUUUAUACAAUCUGACAUCAAAUGUAAAA